AUGCCCGUGGGUAACAUCAAGAUAUUUAUUGGAAGAAAUCCUCGAUGUAUAGUCCUUUCAUCAAAUGGGUAUCAUUUGCUGUUUCAAAGGUACUAUAAUAAGAAUACGUCUUUAAAGAGUUCAAAUACAAGAUACAAUGAAUCCAUUCAAGUAUUAAAUGAGAAAACUCCCACUGUAAUAUUAAAGCAGAUUUCUAAUGAAGAAUUAAGUAAUCAAGUUCAAUAUGUAGAAUUAAACAACCAGAAAUAUGAUGGUGUUCUUGGUUUAAUCACUAUUCAUGGUUCUAUAUAUCUAAUCCUGAUAUCGCAUUCUCAAAAAAUUGGAUUCCCCAGGUGGACGGAAACAAAAGAUGGCAAAGUUGUACCGAAUGAAAAUAUUUAUAGAAUAUUAGAUGUGGAUUUUUUCAGUUUAGAAACUACUGUAUUUGAUUCAUAUUUUUUCGCUAUUAAUGACACUAACGAGGAAAAACUUCUUUAUGAACAUCCAUGCGGUAGUUUGAAAAAAUUGUUUCGUAGUGGCACAUUUUAUUACUCUAAGGAAUUCGAUAUCUCAACAUCGGUCAGAAAUCAUGGAUUACUUCAUAAUUUAGAAUGUAUAAUUAAUAAUUGUGAUAAUAACUUCAUUUGGAAUGCAAACCUAAUAAGUGAAAUCAUCACCUGGAGAAACAGACUGCGUUAUGUAGAAAAAAAGGCUUUUGAUGAUUCUAACAUUUUAACUUUUAUAAUUAGAGGUUUUUGUAAGACGCUUUUAUUGGAAAAUGAUUCUACUACCUACCUCAAGAGUAAUUUCACCAAACAUACUAGUAAUAAUGUCGAAGGUACUAUAACAGCUAAUAAUGCCAGUACGAACAGUUUUAAUAAUUAUAAUAGCAACAAAAUAUCCUUAACAAUAAUAUCAAGGAUUUCUACUGAAAAUAAAGAAAAUUGUCUUUCUAAUGAUUGUCUAACUGAAGAUGGGAAAGUUUCUAAUUUUAUAGAGACUGAAAUCGUAGCUACUACCAGGGAAUUUAUAUUUUCAUACACAUUAGUAUCUGGUAAUGUACCAUUGUUUUGGGAAAUGGCAGAUGGUCAGUUAUUAUACAAUAAAAAGAAAGUCAAACUAAUUAAAGAUCCUGAAAACACACAACCAGCAUUUAACACCCAUUUUGAUUCACUUGAAUCUAAAUAUGGUGUUGUUAGUAUUAUUAACUUAAUUAAACCUAAAAACGAUUCACAAGAAGUGUUAGCCGAUGUUUUCCAAAAAUGUGCAGAAAUAAAAUCUUUGAAAAUAACUAAUUUAGAAAGCCAUUGCUCUUCUCUCUUGAAAAAUCCAAAUAAAUUAUUACAUCUAUUAAAUGAAGACAUUUAUGAAUUUGGAUCUUUCGCAUAUGAUAGGGAAAAAGGUAUAUAUUUUGGUAAACAAACGGGUGUUUUAAGAAUCAGUGCCUUCGAUUCAAUAGAAAAACCAAUUAAAAUUGCUAUGAUUAUAAGCAGAGAGAUUAUUGAGUUGACAACAAGGGAAAUUGAUAGCUUAGAUAUUACAUCAGUGUUUCUUGAAUACCAUGAUCGACUAUGGGAGGAAAACUGUUCAAAUUUAGAGAGACUAUAUUUAAAAAGUUCAAACAAGUACAAAAGAUUAUAUUCAAAGUUGUUUAAUUCUUCCAUUAAAUUGUAUGAUCCACUACACUUUUACAUAUCUCAUUACUUAAGACAAUUGAAAACAAAGUUUACUUAUGAAAAGGACUCAAGCAUGUUCUGUGGUACAUUUAAUGUUAGUGGGAAACUACCUUCAGAUAUAGACUUAAAACAAUGGCUAACACCAAAUGGAUGCACGAUGGCAAAUAUUUAUAUAAUUGGUUUAGAAGAAGUUAUUGAAUUGACACCUGGUCAUAUGUUAUUGAUUGAUCCCUUUGUCAAAUCAUAUUGGGAGAAAAAAAUACUAAAAGAAUUAAAUGAUAAUGAUGUUGGCUGUAGAUAUACUAAAAGAUGGAGCAAUCAAUUGGGUGGUGUACUUUUAAUGUUUUUUGUCGAAGAAAAAGAGUAUCCUGAAAUUAAAAAUAUCGAGGGUGAUGUGAAAAAAACAGGAUUUGGAGGAAUGACAUCAAAUAAAGGCGCUGUCGCUCUAAGUUUUAAAUAUUCUGCUACCACAUUUUGUAUAGUGGUGUCUCACUUAGCAGCUGGUUUGGACAAUGUCAGUCAACGUCACAAUGAUUAUAAAACCAUUUUUAAAAACAUUAGAUUCACAAAAGGAGCUAGAAUAAAAGAUCAUGAUGCAAUUGUCUGGAUGGGUGAUUUCAAUUAUCGAAUACUAAUGUCUAAUGAAGAAGUGAGGCAGUUGAUAUUAGAGAAGGAAUUUUCUAAGUUAUUUCAAAAUGAUCAGUUAAAUCAACAAAUGAUCGUGGGUGAAUCUUUCCCAUAUUUCCAUGAAAUGCCUAUAAAUUUUGCUCCAACCUAUAAAUUUGAUCCUGGAACAAAGAUAUAUGAUACCAGUGAAAAAAUGAGAAUUCCUGCUUGGACUGACAGAAUUCUUUCAAGAGGAGAAGUUCUCCGACAGACAAACUACGGUUCUGCAGAAGAUAUUCUUUUUUCUGAUCACAGACCUGUAUAUGCUAUAUUUCAGGCUCACAUUACAAUCAUAGAUGAACAAAAGAAAGCUGAUCUAUCAAACAAAAUAUAUGAAAGACUGAAACAAAAAUUGGCUAUAUUAGAUGAUGAGGAAAAAGUGAAGUUUUUAAGUGACAAAGCCGUAAGUAUAUUAGAAUUUAGACUUCACUCUGGAAAAACCAAUAAGAAAAUGUUAACAGCACCUGUCAAAGACAAGAAAAACAAUAAACUACCACCUCCAAGUUCCGAACUAAACAAAUGGUGGGUCAAUAAUGGACAAUCUGUAAAAAUUACGCUAGAUAUUGACCCCAAAAAGGUUAUGAUCAACCGUAAAAAAAGCUCAAAUCCAUUUGCACCGGACGAUGGAGAACCCUUCUUUGUACCACGAUAA